AUGGAUAAUUCGGCGGACUGCGCUACAAGAGGCCUUACACCCCUGGAGCUGUCGGAGUUUUCCCUCUGGUGGUCCGGACCCGGGUGGCUUAUUGAAGAGGAGGCGUCAUGGCCGAGGCUAACAACAGCAAAUGAAAUUGCAGCGUCUGUGUCGGCUGCGGAGAUCGACGUGCGAGUGGCGACUGAUGCAGUGACGGAAUGCUUACCGCAGUUGAUUCAGGCUCAUCAUUUUGCGGACGAGAUACGAGCUUUGAAGGCUGGAAAAGCUCUGCACAAGCGGAGUUUACUUGUGAGACUGACACCGUUUAUCGACAGCAAUGACAUCCUGCGUGUCGGCGGUCGACUUCACAAUGCCCAGCUGCCAUUCGACGAGAGACAUCCAAUUAUAUUGCCGGGAAGCUGCCCACUUGUGCGUAGGAUGAUCGAGGCGACUCACGAGGAUUUGUUGCACGGUGGGCCUCAACUGAUGCGUUCGCACCUCUCACGCACGGUGUGGAUCACUCGCGGCGUGCGCGUGAUCAGAGGUGUUUGCCAGCGUUGCGUCAGGUGUACAAGAUAUAAAGCGGCGGCCAUUAGUCAGCAAAUGGCUCCGCUUCCCGCUGAUAGAGUGAAGCCUGGACGACCCUUCUCUAUCACUGGCGUGGAUUACGCGGGACCAUUGCCGGUUUUGUUCUCCAAGGGAAAAGGAGCAAGAGCAACCAAGGGCUACAUCGCCAUUUUCGUGUGCAUGGUGGUCCGUGCUGUUCACGUGGAAAUUGUAUCUGACCUGACUACUUCGGCCUUUCUCGCAGCGUACGAUCGCUUUGUCUCUCGUCGUGGUCCGCCGUCGGUGAUGUAUUCGGACAAUGCAACAACGUUCAAGAGUGCCUCCAAGGAGCUUGCGUCGCUGUUCAGGCAGAGUUCGGCCUUUCGCGUCAGAAUCGNUUGCAAUCAUCUCGUCGCAUAUUUCAUUUUGGCCCGCAGCGGCAACAAUCCCUUUGUUCAAUUCCAACAGGCUUAG